AUGACGUCAGAGCUGAGCUUCGCUGAGUCUGAGGUUAUGUAUCCAACUGUAGCGGUGAUCGUUGGAAGUCACUGGCGGUUAUUCAUAUUGGGGCCGCAUACUCAUUUCAACCACGGGCGAUGGAAUGGUAAGAAUGGACUGGACAGCUCAACAACUAUUCCUCUUGUCAAGGGAGUUGGCGCAACCGCAGCCAGAUGGUUGAACAGAGAUUUGGGAAAUGGGUUAUUUGAGAAGGCACCUGAGGACCCCCACAAGAAGGGCUAUCCUGACCCGAAGUACUUCGAGGCGAAUCAAAAUAAGAUCAGCAGCAAUUACUUAAACGUUAUGAAUGGAUACGGAAACCCUGAAAUGGUCAUGGAAAUAAAAGGUGUGUAUUGGCCUCACUGGAUGGACACCUCUGCCCACCACGGAUUCUUCCUGAACAACAUCGAUGCUGCAGCUGAGUUCGUCUUCCUGCUGGUCGAUGCAGUCAACAAAGGAACCAAAGGACAAGCACCUAUGUUCUUCGAAGUCAUCAAUGAACCAGAAAGUCAAUGGAAGAACACGGACUGGAAUACCUUUAUCAAAUUUCAUCAGGCUGUUGCUCUCGAAAAUUAA